CAAGCUUCUUGGCCGCCAUCACCAUCUCUACUCUGCAUCCUAUGGCCAAACGACGUGUCAUCGUCGAAAGUGACAGCGAGGAUUCUGCUGGAGCUCCCAAGCGAGCUCGCACUGACGAGUACAGCGAGGCUCCUUCCUCCCAGGCGCGUGAAAAGACGCGUCUUAAUGGCAAAGGAAAAGAAAGGGCGCGUCAAAAUGAGGAUGGAGAAUCCGACGCGGAAUUUAAUAUGCAACACACCGGAGUCGAUGACGAGAAGUACGAGGAAAUGCACCAAGAGCAGAUCAGGGCUGCCGUGGAAUCCAAACGCAAAAUCGCUGGUGGGAUCGCUGAUCAUGGCAUCAUCGAAGCCAUAGAAAUGCAUCAGUUCAUGUGUCACAAGUAUUUGACUUUCAGUUUUGGUCCACAGAUCAACUUCAUUAUCGGUCACAAUGGCAGUGGGAAGAGCGCUGUUCUUUCAGCCAUAACGGUUGCGCUUGGUGGUAAAGCCAAUUCCACAGGUCGAGGAAGUGGUUUGAAAGCUUUCAUUCGAGAAGGACAACCUGCCUCCGAAGUGACGAUUCAGAUAAAAAAUCAAGGUGAAGAAGCGUACAAGCCUAAGGAGUAUGGGAAAUCCAUUGUCAUUACUCGCAAGUUCACUAAGGAAGGCUCUUCUUCCUGGAAGAUCAAAAGUAGAGACGGUAAAGUUAUUAGCACAAAGAAGGAAGAGCUGUCGGCCAUCUGCGAUCAUAUGAACAUCCAGGUAGACAAUCCGAUGAAUGUCCUGACGCAAGAUGCGGCAAGGCAGUUCUUGAGUGCUUCCCAUCCCACUGACAAGUAUAAGUUCUUCCUUCGCGGCACUCAGCUCUCCCAGUUGUCGGAAGAGUACACCACUUGUCUCGAGAACAUCGAGCAUACGACGAAGGUCCUCAACUCGAAGAAAGCAGUGCUUCCGGAUUUGCGUGCAGCUUGCAAAGAAGCCAUGGCCCGAUUCCAAGAGGCGACCAAAGCUCGCGAUCAAAAAAAGAAGGUCAAUGAGCUGAAGAAGGAGUUAGCCUGGUCUUUUGUUCAUGAUAAGGAGGCUGAGAUGACGAAAGCUGUUGAGCACGCCGCUAAGACUGGUCGCAGGAUCCCAAAAAUUGAAAACAAUCUGAAAGAAGCUCAAGCAAGAUUUGAAGCCGAAACGGCCUCCGUCGCUCAGUGCGACGAGGAGUUCCAUGCGUUGGGCAAUAUGAAUCAUCUUGCGGAUCAAAAGAAAGAAUUGACGGAGAACAUGCGGAACAACAGAAGUCUUCUUAACGAGUUAACAAGCGAGCGAAAGCAAAUGGAAACCACCUUUAAGGCAGCCAAGGAAUCAAUCGCUCUCAUCCAGAAGCAGAUAGAUGACGAAGCACGUAGAAUGGAAGCAGAUACGCAGACCAAACGAGAAGAAUCCAGCCGUCACCUAGAGCAUGCACGUAUAUCUCUUCAAGAAGCUGAGGCCGCUUUGCCUGCCUUGAUUGAAACCAAGGAUCAGAUUGACGCUGAGAACCGGACGACCAAGGAACACGGUGAAAGGGCAAGUAACGAUGUGCAGAGAAUGCGAGAUGACAUCAUGCGCUGCGAUAAUAUGAUCCGCAAUUGCGAGAUGCAAGAAAAGAACCAGUACGCUGCAUAUGGCCGGGAUAUCCCCCAAGUACUUGACAGGAUCAGGCGAGCAAGAUGGGUCGGCGAUCAGCCUGUUGGCCCACUGGGUGUGCAUGUCAAGGUUCGGGACCCUGAGUCAUGGGCAGACUUGCUACGCAGACAGCUCGGAGGCAUGUUAACGGCUUUCGCGGUUACUGAUGCGCAGGAUCUCAAGCCGCUCAAGCGGAUUCUUGUCGAGUCGGGGAACCCUCAUCUGCUCAUCUUCGUAGCACCGAGGGACAUAUUCGAUUAUAGCUCUGGUGAGCCGCCGGCACAUAUGCUUACUGUGCUUCGCGCACUUGAUAUUUCUGAUCCAUAUGUUCUUCGUAUCAUGAUUAAUCAAAGGAGCAUUGAACGUAUGUUUUUGGCGAAAACUCGUCGUGAAGGGGAACAGGUAUUACGGGAAGUGAACGGUGGCGGCCAGGCAUGGACUGCAGAUGGCUAUCUUCUCAAACGUUACCCGGAAGGCGGAGAAUCAACCUCUCCACUGCCCAAACAGAGGAAUGAUGCCACCAAUUUGUUGUUGAGUGGUCGCAAUUCUGCUGCAGAGAAAGAGCAUUACAUACGCGAAAGGAAACGAUACGAAGAAGAGGUCAAGGUUUACACUCAGCGUGUCCAUGACUUGAAGCAGAAGUACAUGAUGGGCAAACGCGCCUAUGACGCCAAGCUGAGAGAAGAGAUGCAAGCUCGACAGACCAUAUCAAUCGCCAGGGAUAGGCUACACCAGUUGCAGGAGGCAGCACAGGAGGAUAUGCCUGCCAACAUUGCCGGGUUAGAGGCUUCUAAGAAGGAAUCUGAAGAAGAAAAAGAGAACCUCGAGGCACAAUUCAAAGAUCACAUUGCUCGAAAAGCUGAGAUUGACGAAGAGCAGAAGAGUCUGUUAGAGCAGUUGAAUGCCGUUAAGAGGGACAUGGAAGAAUUUGAAUCGAGGCAGAAAAAAGUUCAGACCAAGGUGGAGAAGGCUGCUGAGAAGCGGAUGGAAGCGCAGAACAGCAUCAAACAUUAUGAGGCUAAGCUUAAAGGGGAACAGACCAAGGUUGACGAGGCCAACGAGGCGGCCAAAGUUCUGGUGGAAGAGUUUGAGGCUUGGACUGCGAAGGCAGCUGACUAUUGUGAUCGUGUCGAGACUACUCGUCGGUCAGAUGAGAUUCAGAGGAAUCUGGACUCCGUCCAACAUGCCUUAAAGGAGAGAGAGAAGAGGCACGGUGCAACGGUCGACGAAAUGACAGUGGAGGUCAACAAGACGAGAGCAAACCUUGAAGUCGCGGAGAAUCAAUUGAAGCAGAUGGUCUCCUUGAACAAGAGGUUGAAAACUUCUUUAGUUGCUCGUUUGAACAGAUGGCAAGAGUUCCGCCUGCACAUCGCUGUUCGGUGUAAGCUUGUAUUCCAAUACAAUCUCUCUCAUCGAGGCUACUUCGGGAAGGUUUUGUUUGACCAUGAUAAGGGUACGUUGCAGCUCAAGGUCCAGACGGAUGAUGUUGCUGCCACACAAGGUUCUAGAGACAAGGAUCCCCGUUCGCUGAGCGGCGGCGAAAAGUCGUUCUCUACUAUUUGUCUACUUUUGUCGCUGUGGGAAGCUAUAGGGUGUCCACUCCGUUGCCUUGAUGAGUUUGAUGUGUUCAUGGAUGCUGUCAAUCGUCGGAUUUCUAUGAAGAUGAUGAUCGAAACCGCUAAUCAGUCGGACAAGAAGCAAUACAUUCUGAUCACGCCGCAAGACAUGACAAGUAUUACAGCGGGUCAGACUGUGCGCGUUCACCGUAUGCUAGAUCCGGAAAGAAACCAAGGAGUGUUGGCGUUCAGCUAAGUAGAAAGAGAAAGGCCUGCAUAUGUGUGGGCAUGUCUUCUAGAUAAUCUUAUUACCUGUUGUUUUAUAGUAUCCAUGCUAUCCAUGCACGUCCAGCUAGGCUCGUUCCAGUUUAGAAGUAGA